AUGACUGAAAUUAAAGGGCAAGAGAUUGAGGCCAUGCAAGAAUUUGGACUAAGACCUAUGGAAUCCUUUAACUACAUGUCAAAUAAAGCUGGAAGAGAAGAUGCUAUUGGUCAUACAGUGAAAGACCACAUGUAUUAUUGUUAUAAACUGAAAAUAAAGGCCGUUGAAGGAGGAGAUUCUCAAGUAGUUUGUGACAAAUUACAUGAAGCUUAUUCUGAGGACCCUAACUUGUUUUUCAGAGUAAGGUUGGACGCGGAUGGAAUGACCAAGAUGCAGCCAUGGCAGCAGAAAUACCCAAGAUUUGGAGUUUUGAAGAGUGAUGACACAUUCAACUCUGCUUUCACGAAAUGCUUGAGUGGUUGUAUUAACGAAGCUGAGUUUGAAGUAUGUUGGGAUUCAAUGACGACAAAGUACAAACUGAAAAACGACAGUUGGUUCAAGAGGUUAUACUCACUAAAGCAUAAGUGGUCAACAUCUCUAAGUAAGGACUUUUUCUUCGCGGGAAUCUUGUCGUCACAGAGAAGUGAGAGCACAAAUCACGCAGUGAGAUACAAAGCAAACAAGAAGACAAGUUUGACAGAAUUCUACAACAUAUUUCAAAAGACAGUGAAGACUUGGAGAAGGAAUGAGGAUUUUUAUGAGUUCAAUAGCACAAAAUCAAUUCCUACUUCAAGUUAUCCGAUGUCUGCCUUACUUAAACAUGCUGCUGAUGUUUAUACACAUACAUUAUUCAGGGACUUUGAAGAAGAAUUCAACCGUGCCAUUGGAUCUCAAACUAAACUGCUAUUGAUUAAUGGAGGCAAAAUGGUUUACCAAGUGUACCUUGAAGGCAGAGAUUGCACAACUCAAGUAGUAACUUACGAUCAAGCAAACAAAACAAUUCAAUGUCCAUGCAAGAAUUUUGAAGAGUCGGGUUGGUUAUGCUUCCAUAGCCUUAGAAUCUUGCACAUGCAUUCUGUUGAAAAAAUCCCACAGAAAUACAUAUCUUUCAUAUGGACUAAAAUGGCUAAGGUUGAAGUUUGUAAAAGUAAGGAGACAGAGCAAAAGAAGAAGGGGACAUUAAACAACUUCACACCCUGGCGGCUACACAAGGUGAGGAAGUAUUAUAGUCUAAUCCUUAAGAGCCACAAGUUUGAACAAGUAAGGAAAGCCUUAGAAGAAAGCUUCACAAAAGAUUCAAGUGCAAUAGAUGAGAUUAUUUCUGCUAUGAACUCAACUAACAACCAUUUUGAGAACACUACAGGUGUAAAAGAGAAUUCAGAAGCAACUUCAUCUAGUGUUGUUCAAGUACUGGACCCAACUCAUGCAAAAACUAAAGGAAGACAAUAA